CGUUUCCGUUUUUUUUUUUUUUUUUUUUUUUUUUUUUUUUUUUUUUUUUUUUUUUUCCCUGUUUUUUCUCCUCUGUGGCAGGAGGAGCUGAAGAAGGAACUGGAGGGGUCCCAGACGCAGGCAUUCAGACGCAAAGGCCCACCUCCUAGUCCUGCUGCGUUGAGGGAUAUGAGGUCCCUGCUUGACAAGGUUGGCACCCUUAAUGGACGGCAGCUUUUAGUGGAUAUUUUCCAGAAUGGAAAGGGGUAGCAUUAUAAUUAGGUGCAGAGGAGAUACAGCUGUCGAAAGAUACAGCUGUCGGAAUUUAACAAGCAAUUCAGCCGCCAUCGGGGAUGUAGCUCAGAUGGUAGAGCGCUCGCUUAGCAUGCGAGAGGUACGGGGAUCGAUACCCCGCAUCUCCACGUUGCCUCCAUUGACAUCUUUUCCCGUGGGAAAGCCUCUCCAGUUUCAUCCGUGUGCGCUUGGUUUCAGCUGUCGUGCGGGGGUGUCUGGCCUGGGCGUGCUGACUUUUGGCGCUUACGUGACGGGAGUAGCUGUUGGCGGGCAGAUGCGAUAGGUUCAUCGAGGGUUCCACCGUUCCAUCGCAAAACAAUCGGACAGCCGAGGAAGCGAUCUGUCAAGCCUAGAAGGCCACACGCCGGUUCCCUCGUCGCUGACUGGUCGCUGCCGUCAAGAGAUUUGCGUGCGACGUAUUCGCGCCGGCGUAACUGACUCUACUGCGCUACAGACGUACCGGAUCGUCGAGGUGACGUAACGGGUGUUGCCGUAAUGUAGCUCCUAUCGCGACUGUAGCGUCGACGAGGGUGGCGCUGGUAACCUUGACCGCGUAUCGGGCCUGUUUAUAACGCGAUGGAGCAUCGUCAUCAGCAGCAGCAGCGUCGCCGUUCAGCCGCCAGCGCGACUGUGGUGUUCGUCGCGUUUGGGACGCGGGGGGACGUGCAGCCGCUUGCAGUGCUAGCAUCAGCGCUCGCUGCAGAGAGCAGAUCACAGCAGGGGGGAGCGGAAACGAAGGGAAACACGGCGGGGAGGGGAGAUGGGGACAGAGAAGCGUCUAUUGCGGUUUGGUUUGUGACCCAUCAAGAGCACCAGCGCAGCCUCGGGCCGAGCCUAGCGGCACAUGGUGUGGGGUUUGUGGGGGUGUCGUCCCCUGCGUUCAAGAAACGAGAGGAGCAGAAGGGGAGAGAUGCUAGACCAGAGAGGGAACAGAGGGAGGAGGGCGGGGGAAGAGGGACGGGGAAAGCAGAAGAGACGGGAGAGAGGACCCGAGGAAAGAGGAGAAAGAGGAGCAUGAUUCUGAGUGAAGUAAAUGAAGAGGGGAACGAAGCGGAGGAUAAAACGGAUGAAGAAGAGGGGGGAUGGGGAGAGGAGGAGGAGGCACGGCAUCGCAGAGAGUGCUUUGAAGCCAUCCAGCAGUGCUUGGAGGAAUCGAGUGAGGGGGGGGAAAGGAAAGGAAGAACCAGCAGCAGGGAUGGCGAGCUGCAAGAGACACAGAGGCUCAUAGUCUUCAACCUCUUUGCGCUGGAGGCAUGGCACAUAGCCGAGCACUUUGGAGUCAAGUGUAUGGCUGCUGCACCCUACGUCAUUCCUUACCGACCUCCCCACCAGUUCUCCUCUCACUUUGCUCGCCGUCAUCGGUCUAUUUUCCACCGGUUGAAGCACGCUCUCGGCCCACACGAGCUCUCGUGGUCCGAGGUGCAGGAGUGGAUGUGGCCUCUGCUCUUCCCCUGUUAUCGGUGGGCGCGGUGGAGGGAAGCUUCUCUGUGCCUUCCGCCGUGCGCUUUCCUGGAUCCUGUGACAGAAGAGCCGAUCCGUGAUUGGCCCCCGCCCACACCCUUACUGUAUGGCUUCAGCCCUGCUGUUGUUGAAUGCCCAUCAUAUUGGCCUUCAUCUAUCAAAGUCUGCGGCUUUUGGUUCCCUCCGCACCAGCAUGCUGCAGAGCCACUCUCCCCUCCUCAUGCUCCUGCUUCAGCACCAGGAGCAGCAGAAGCAGAAGCAGCAACAGAGGCAGAGGAAGCAACAGAGGAAGCAACAGAGGAAGCAACAGAGGAAGCAACAGAGGAAGCAACAGCGGAAGCAGCAGGAAGAGGACAGUCAGAAAGGGAUGUUUUAUGGAGGAGCUGCACUGCCUGUGACAAUAUUGAAGAGCAACUCCUCCUACGAUUCCUCCACCCUCCCAACGCUCGUGACCCACGUCACCCCCGGAGCGAUGUGUUCUAUGUGGGAUUCAGCGCCAUGGGAAGCAUGGGGCUACUUCCCAAUCCCGCAUCUCUGCUUGCCACCAUCACUGCUGCAACCACGGCUCUCAAUCUGCGAGCCGUGCUCGUGACAAGUGGCGACAGCGCAUUGGAGGAGGCAGUUGUUGCAACGUGGAAGGAGGAGGAGUGUCGGCAGGGAGGGCCAGAUUCGAUAAAGAGGAGCAGAGGAGGAACAGUCUCGGUUGACAAAGAAGGGUUGCCCUUGUCCAAAACACCAUCCCAAAGACCACCACCGGAUCUAACACCACAACCGUCGAUUCUGCCAUCACCACUCUUGUCUCCUGCCUUUUCUGCCACGUCAGCACCGAGGCUCCUCACAUGUGGGAGAGUGCUUGUCCUUCGGGGCCCUGUCAGCCACGAGUGGCUCUUCCCGCGCUGCUGCUUCGUGCUGCACCAUGCGGGCAGCGGAACCACAGCAGCGGCACUCAGAGCAGGCGUACCGCAGGUGCUCUGCCCUUUCAUUCUAGACCAGCACUACUGGGCCGAGCGACUCUCCUACCUUGGGGUCGCCCCUCCCCCUCUCCGCCCGUCCGACCUCAUGCCUCUUGAAUCGAUUAAACUGCCGACAGCCCCAGCUGCUGCGGCUGCCCCUCUAGCUACAGUCGUCAGUUGCUUUGCUGCCGCACGGGAUGCGGGCAUGAGGGAGCGGGCCCAGGCGCUGUCACAAGAGAUAGAGAAAGAGGAUGGUGUGGCAGUGGCUCUGGCUGCAAUCGAAGGGGUGCUCUUCAAGUAAAGGCAUUGGGCUACGCUCGUCAUAAAUAUCCAUGAGACUUCAGCAGCAGUAUUCAAGGAAUUUCAGUACAAUCCAGGGGAUUUCCAUACAGCCAACGGCUUUACGUAACAUCCAGGGGGUUUUGAAGGCCACAUAAAGCCAACCACACGUGCCUCCAACACACUGGCAUCCACACCACACACCCGAGUUCCUUGUAGACUCGUGCCUUGUCUCGCUCCUCAUCCGAAUCAUCCCCCCUCUCUCUGAAUUUUAGUUUUGAGGCGGCUAAAAACAAAAACAUCCCGAGACUCGUGCCUUGUCCCCCUCCUCAUCCGAAUCUAUCUUUGAGGCGCCUCAUAAAAAAUAGACUCUCCUCAUGCCUUGUCCCCCUCCUCAUCCCCCUCCCCCUCCUCAUCCCGAGACUCAUGCCUCAUGCCUUGUCGCCCUCCUCAUCCGAAUCAUCCCCCCUCUCUCUGAAUCGCGGAUUCUUCUGCACACCACAGAACCGGGGGCUCAAGAUUGUGUCGUUGUUCCAAUAUUGAG